CAGGAGUCACCGGAAUCGCAACGCAAGUGGCGCGAAGUUCGUCCCUUCCCCAAAUCUUGCAGGCACAUGCUUGUGUGGAGCAUCUGCUCGGUGUGGCGCGCUUUUUCCAUAGUGCACAAUGUCUGCGGAACGUCCUUCUUGCGUUAGCCCAAAACGUAGGAGACUGAAUGACACGUCUCCAUCCUGCCCCACUUUAAAGGACUUGGCCAUUUAUCCCUGGAAUUGGCAUAAAGAAGUGGAGAAGGAUCUGGACAUGAGCCCCGAAAGCACCCCGAGGCCGGCACCUACAACCCCAAAGUCAAACGAACAGCUACGAAGAGGAAGGCCACGACUGGAUGAAAUUACCUCACUCAUUUUGGAAGGAUCUUCGUCACCAAGUGCAAUCAAAUGCAAUGUCUGCAACAGGGUAUUCCCGCGAGAAAAAUCUUUGCAAGCCCACGUUAGGACUCAUACAGGAGAAAAACCAUACAAGUGUGAUUACCCAAACUGUAAGCGGUCAUUUGCACAGAGCGGACAACUGAAGACCCACCAAAGGUUGCAUACAGGAGAAAAGCCAUUCAAGUGCUCCCAUCCAGACUGCCUGCGCAGGUUUACCCAUGCCAACAGGCACUGCAGCACUCAUCCGUUUGCGGUGCUGGAGAGGGACGAAGCAAAUGCACUCCAGCUGGCUGACAGCGAGAAUAAGAGCCAGGCUGUGCUGCUCUGGCUUGAGAAGUAUCAAAAGGAACGUCGCCAGCGAGGUUCGGGGAAAGUGAGGAAACUCAAGCAGGAACUGGAGCGGCAGGCCAUCAUUGAUGAGGAAGUACUUCGAAGCAAGAACGAAAGCGAAGACAUACUAGGGGCACUCGCCCUUAUGGAGCUGGCAUCUGCAACACCCAAGGCACCGCUUUUCGAGCCUUGCCAAGAACCCCUAGAUUUGAGGAAAAGGAAGUCACCACUCUGACAGGUGUCUCUGCAGCAUGAAACGUGCUGAAGAGUUAUGGAUGUGGAUGGCAUCGGCUGUGCUCGAGACUAUUAUAGUUUGCAAUGACAACUCUAACUGUUGCAGGGACAGACAACAGUUUGUACAUAUGUAAUAUGAAAUAAAUAUCAGUUUUAUGUUGGUUCAA